AUGGUGAGGCUGGUGCUGCCCAACCCUGGCCUGGAGGACCGAAUCCCAUCUCUGGAUGAGUUGGAGGUCAUUGAAAAGGAAGAAGCCAGCUCCCGGCCCAAAUGGGACAACAAGGCCCAAUACAUGCUCACCUGUGUGGGUUUCUGUGUGGGGCUGGGCAACGUGUGGCGCUUCCCCUACCUGUGCCAGAGCCAUGGAGGAGGGGCCUUCAUGAUCCCGUUCCUUAUCCUGCUGGUGCUGGAGGGCAUCCCCUUGCUGCACCUGGAGUUCGCUAUUGGCCAGCGGUUACGCAAGGGCAGUGUGGGCGUGUGGAGUUCUAUCCACCCAUCUCUGAAGGGUGUAGGCAUCGCUUCCAUGUUCGUAUCCUUCAUGGUGGGCCUGUACUAUAACACCAUCAUCGCCUGGAUCAUGUGGUACUUCUUCAACUCCUUCCAGGAACCUCUUCCAUGGAGCGAGUGUCCACUGAAUGAGAACCGCUCUGGCUAUGUGGAGGAGUGUGCCAAGAGCUCCCCCGUGGACUACUUCUGGUACCGAGAGACCCUCAACAUUUCCACCUCCAUCAGUGACUCGGGCUCCAUUCAGUGGUGGAUCCUGCUCUGCCUGACAUGCGCCUGGAGCACGCUGUAUGUGUGUGUUAUCCGUGGCAUCGAGACCACUGGAAAGGCUGUGUAUAUCACAUCCACCCUGCCCUACAUUGUGUUGACCAUCUUCCUCAUCCGUGGCUUGACUCUGAAGGGCGCCACCAAUGGCAUCGUCUUCCUCUUCACACCCAAUGUCACAGAACUGGCCAACCCCAACACGUGGCUGGAUGCAGGCGCUCAGGUCUUCUACUCCUUCUCGCUGGCCUUUGGGGGCCUCAUCUCCUUCUCCAGCUACAACUCUGUGCACAACAACUGUGAGAAGGAUUCUGUGAUUGUGUCCAUCAUCAACGGCUUUACGUCUGUGUAUGCGGCCACCGUGAUCUACUCUAUCAUUGGCUUCCGUGCUACUGAGCGCUACGAUGCCUGUGUCAGCACGAACAUCCUGACUCUCAUCAAUGGCUUUGACUUGCCCGAAGCCAAUGUGACCAUUGAGAACUUUGAGGCCAUGCAGCAGUGGUGCAAUAACUCCAACCCGGAGGCCUAUGCACAGCUGAAGUUCCAGACCUGUGACUUGAACUCCUUCCUUUCUGAGGGCGUGGAAGGGACGGGCCUGGCCUUCAUCGUCUUCACUGAGGCCAUCACCAAGAUGCCUGUGUCCCCACUCUGGUCGGUGCUGUUCUUCAUCAUGCUUUUCUGCCUUGGCCUCUCGUCCAUGUUUGGGAACAUGGAAGGUGUGGUCGUACCCCUUCAGGACCUCAAGAUCAUACCCGCAAAGUGGCCCAAAGAGCUGAUAACUGGCCUCAUCUGCUUGGGGACCUAUCUCAUCGCCUUCAUUUUCACUCUGAAUUCCGGCCAGUACUGGCUCUCCCUGCUGGACGACUACGCUGGCUCCAUCCCUCUACUGAUCAUCGCCUUCUUUGAGAUGUUUUCUGUUGUCUAUGUGUACGGCGUGGACAGGUUCAACAAGGACAUCGAGUUCAUGAUCGGCCACAAGCCCAACAUCUUCUGGCAAGUCUCAUGGAGAGUGGUGAGCCCGCUAAUUAUGCUGGUCAUCUUCCUCUUCUUCUUUGUGACUGAGGUCAGCAAAAAUCUCACGUACAGCAUCUGGAACCCUGACUACGAGGAGUUCCCCAAAUCCCAGAAGGUCCUGUACCCUAACUGGGUGUAUGCAGUGGUGGUCAUCGUGGUUGGGGUGCCCUGCCUUACCAUCCCCUGCGUUGCCAUCUACACAUUCAUCAGGAACCGUUGCCAGAAGUCAGGGGACCGCCAUGGGCUGGUCAGCACGAUGUCCACAACCUCAGUGAAUGGGGACUUGAAGUCCUGA